AUGGAAGUCUGGUGCCUCCUCGUCGAUCACAAAAACAGGCCUACUGGCCAGUCAUUCAAGGUCGAAGUAUCUUCCGACGCCGAUGUCGAUGACUUGGCGGAGAAGGUCAAGGCCAAGGCACCUCGUGUCCUUGGCGACAUUGAUGCAAGCGAGCUCGAAGUGUGGAGAUUUACAAACUCACCAGCUAAUUUCGUCGAUAAUGAUCGUGAAGUGCUUGAGGAGCUAGUCAGCAAGGCAUUCUCUAAUAUUGGGGAACUCCGUAUGAGGCAGGUAAUAGCACGCCUGAACAUCUCAGCUGGAGAGACACUGCUCAUCAAGUUGCCCGUGAACCGAGCUCCCGAUCCCGUGCAACUUCUCUCGCUCAACUGUCUCGUUCUCCAAGUUGGUGGGGAGCCGAAUCCGAUCUUUGCAGUCAGGAUUCUGAAGACCGAAAACGUCAGCACCCUCAAAGACUUGAUCAAGGAGAAACGGUCCCCUCGCCUCAAUCAUGUUGUUGCCUCGGAUCUUAUCCUCAGGCAGGUCUGCCGACGCGUAGAUGAUGACCUCCACGAAAGUCUCAAAGACAUCGAUCUCACACCAUUGAAGCCGCUCCUACCGCUCUUGCAAGUGUUCCCUCGUGUGGAAGGGGACCACCUGCACAUCGUUGUUGAAGUACCAACUAAUGGCGAGCCCAUUCCGGUCUCCCUCCACAUCACAGACAACCUCAUUGAAGCCACAGGAGGAGAGGAGAGGAGAGACCAGAUCUCUGCCUUGCAUGAAAGGUUUCAAAAUGUCAUCUCGCUCUUCCAGUCCCUUUAG